GCAUGCAGGAGUUUUUGCUCCUUGCGCACCGUGAAUCUGUGCUAACCGAUGGUAUUUGAUCAAAGUAGACGGUGGACAGGCUUUUCUUGGAAAAUUAUUGGUGAUUUGUGCACUCGAGAACGGGAACCUUCGGUCGGCAAUGUGUCGACAUCUCGUUUGCCAGUUGAUGAUGGCAAUUGUCGAGUACAUGUUAAUUGAAGCACCAGCUAUAUUUGCUGAACAACCGUGAAUAGUAUUUACGGGUUUUAAAUCUUGGAAGAAGGAACGCGACCAGGUUGUGUUUAUUUAAAGUUGAAAUAACUUUAUCAGGCAGAAUGGUUCCCUUAGAAUGGCAAAGAAAAUAAAUUCCACCAACAACGUCUAAAUUGUUCAUCCAAAUGCACGCAAACACCGGCAGGCGGAAAACCCCGGUGAACGAAACACCCUGUGAAUAAUUUACGUAGAAGGUUGAAAAACGAAGAAACGUCGUUCAGCAUCGAAAUGGUCCCGAUAAGCGGUGCAUUUUUCCCAUCAUUAUCACCAGCUCCCGGGAUCGCUAUCUUUCAUCGGACAAAAAGAGAGUGAAAAAAAACGGAUUGAAUUGCAUGCACCGAGAACGCUUCGAUGCGUGUAAUGCAAUUUAUUUACCCCAACUACUCCCGCACACGGCGCGGCCGAAACGAGCCGCAUCUAAUAUUUCCGGUGAUGACGUGCACAGCAGCUGUUUCAUCAAUCAUUUCACACUUCAUGCGAGGUGUGCCCCACCCGUCGACGUCGACCGACCAAGCGCUUCGCCAGACGACCGGAAUGUCGAGAGAGGGACUCGGAUUGCCACGCGGACUCGGCCAGGCCAGGGACUACGGUGCGAUGAGCAGCACGGCGACCACGUCGGACGGGAACUUCGGGGGCUUCAGCCCGACCGAGUUCAUUUCGCUCAGCGAGUCGAUCGCAGCCAACACGAUCUUCGUCAAGCAGAGCUGGCAGUUUCUGGAGAAGGCGAACCGCACGCUCGGCACGGCAAAGGACAAUCAGUCCCUGCGGGAUAAGAUCAAUGACAUCCAAUCGGGGACGAAUCAGCGUAUUGCUACGACCACGAAGGACCUCCAGCGGCUCACGGUGGUGGUGCGUGGUGGCGACAAGCAACAGAAGCUGCAGGUGGAGAAGCUCACGUCCGACUUCAAGCAAGUGGUUCAGUUUUACUCCAAAAGCCAACAGAGUAUAAUGGCCAAGAUGAAGCAAGUGUUUUUGGUGAACGCGUCCCAGCUGGACGAUCAGUCGGCCUCGUCCGUCGGCGGGGAAAUCAGUACAUCAUCGGCCGAGCUGUUGCAGCGACAGAAGCAAAUUCAGCAGAGCUUACAGUUCGAGCAGGAAAUGCUACUCGAGCGGGAGCAACGUUUCCGGGAGAUCGAAGCAAACGUACUGGACGUGAACCAUAUAAUGAAGGAGCUGAGCAGCAUCACCACGCAACAGAGUGAAGUGAUAGAUACAAUCGAAAACUCGAUCGGCCGAACGGCGGACAACGUGGAAAGCGGUGCCGAGGAACUGAAGACGGCAUCCGAGUAUCAAAAUCGGUACCGGCGCAAGGUGCUGAUACUGUUGAUAAUCGCUGUGAUAAUAGGUCUCGUCGUGACCGGCAUCAUCGUCUCAAAGCUGAAGAGUUAAGAACGAAAAUCACGCGCAGCAUUCUUCAUGCGGUAGAAACGGUUACAUGCUUGUUUCGUUUUGAAUGUGCCCCAUUCCUGCUUUUCCACUGAAGCAGCGUACGAAUUUGUUUCUCCAAACACAAGCCCUCCCAGGAUCGGUGGAUGUUUUUUGAGGCUUUUCUUUUGUUUUAGAUUGCAGCCUUCGGUGGAAAAGUCUCCUCUCGUACCCGAAUAUGUUUAUUUAUCCCGAGCCAAAUCACGUGCCGCACCGUACACUGAACCGUAAACGGUUGAAGAACACACCGAAUAAUAAUAACUAUGCAAAACAUAUAUUAUUAGACGCAUAUUUAACGGUAAGAAGAAACAAACAAUCCCCACGGGAACAAAAAGCGAGCGCUUAUCGGUUCGAAUUGUAUCAUUCUUGGAGCUAUGGUUAAAAAAUAAACUACAUAACUA